AUGAGCAAACGGCAGUCUCGCCGCGCGUCAGGCCGAUCGCCCGAGCUGCUGCAGCCUCUCCAUCCCAUUUUGGGCUCCGGCCCUGCAUGGAGCCCGCCACCCGCACCCGACACCAUCGGCACGAUUGUCUCCCGGCCGAUGGCGAUGCCCUCCUACGAGGUGAGCCAGCCUGUGGCAGUGCCGUUCCCCGUCCUACCCGCCAACGCCGCUCUCGUCGGCGCGGAGGCCGUCCGGGCGUGGGCUCGGGGAGUCGCACACAAGCCGGGCGAGGCGCAGCCGUCGCCGCCGCCCUCGCUGCUCCUCGAGCACCGUCAAGAGGAGGGCAGCGAGCGGACCGGCGGCUCGCUCGUCGCGGAUGGCGACCAGCGGCUCGGGGCGCAGUCCGCUGGCCCGGUCCGCACGGGCGCAUGCCCCGGCGGCGUCUGCGGCAAGCGCCGGCGCGCGGGCCCGCGCAAGGGCGGAGGCGGCGCACGGCAGGCCGAGGAGGAGGAGGAGGGGGGAGAGGGGGAGGAGGCGGCGAGUGAGGAGGAGCGGCUCGCCGAGCUCAACGAGCGCGUGCGCGACGCGCUCCGCGAGCGGGGCCUCAACCUGCAGCAGCUCGCAUGCCACAUCGGCUUCAGCUCGACCGCGACGCUCUGCGACGUCCUCAACGAUACCGGCCCGUGGUGCCGCGACCCCUCCUCCACCAUCGCCACCGAAGCGGAGGAGGAUGCAGCCCGCGCCUGUGCUCUCGCAGCGCCCGCGCCGCCCGCGCCUGCACUCGAGGCAGAGGGCUGCACCAAGAAGCGGCGCGGCGCGGCGGCGGAGGCGGUGGCGGCGGAGGAGGAGGAGGAGGAGGGGGGGGAGGUUCUGGCGGCCGGGCAGGCACCGGCGGCCGAGGAGCCGCUGUCGGACGAUGCGGGGGAGGUGCCAAGAGCGGUGGCGGCGGAGGCGCAGGCGGAGGAGGAGGCAGAGGCGGCGGCGGAGGAGGCGCAGGCGCAGGCGGCGGAGGCGCAGGCGGAGGCGGCGGAGGCGCAGGCGCAGGCGGCGGAGGCGCAGGCGGAGGAGGAGGCAGAGGCGGCGGCGGAGGAGGAGGAGAUGGCCGAGGAGGCGGCCACGGCCGGCCCAGGGGGUGUGGUGGCAGAGGCGGAGGGGUUGAGGCUGCACCUCUGUGGCACCGGAGUGCGCCACAGCGGCACGGGCUACAAGGGCGUGACGCAGGCCGCCUACGGCCGCUUCCGCGCGCAGCGCUACGAGGGGAAGCGGUGCAUCUACAUCGGGCUGUACGGCACGGCGGUGGAGGCGGCGGUGGCGUUCGCGCGCGUGGUCGUGCGGCUGGGCGUGUACGAUACCGUGCUCGAGGCGGCGGAGGCGUACGCGCGGUACGUCAACGAGAACGGCGUCGAAGAGGAGGCGCCGCCGCCGCCGCCUCCGACGGAGGAGGAGGUGCUCGCGGCGGCGGCGGCGGAAGGGCUGCAGCUCCACCGCAAGGAUGGGAACAUGACGGGCUACAAGGGCGUCUCGCCCCUCGACGGCGCGUUCGAGGCAUACUUCAACGUGCGCGGCCGCAAGAUCCGCCUGGGCAGGUUUCCCACCGCCGCGGCGGCGGCGGUGGCCUACGCGCGGCACGUGGCCGACCCUCAGACGGCCGGCGAGCACGCGGCGACGGUGGUCGCCCGGUGUGAGCAGCGCCAGGAGCGGCGCGAGGCCUGUAAGAUCGCUCACCGACACAGCCGCCGCGCUGUGCCGGAGUGCCCCGGCACGCCCCCGCCAGAGGAGGAGGCGGCGGAGGAGGCAGCGGCGUCCGGGGCGGCGCAGGGGCGUGCGGAGGCAGCGGCGGGGGCAGCAGCGGCAGCAGCGGCAGCGGCGUCGGCGGCGGCGGCGGCAGCGGCCUUCCGUCGCAGCUCUCGCGUGCCCAGUUGCAUGCCGACUGGAGAGACGUACGUCGGCGGUGGCUUGGGCGGGAAGAGCGGCCACACGCGCGACACCGCCGCGCCACCCGCCAAGCCGACCGCCAAGGCACCACCCGCCAAGGCGCCCGCAAGACCGCCCGCCAUGGCUCCCGCUAUGCCACCCGCCGCCGCCGCACCCGCCGCACGCACCGCGCCAGCCGCAGCACGCGCCGCCGCACGCGCCGCGCCCGCCGCCGCCGGCACCGACCCGGCUCGCGGCGCGGCGCUGCGCUCCGUGGCGAAUCCGAAGCGCAGCGGCGGGAAGUGGGCUCCGUGCCCCGGGCUGUGCGGUGGCCGCACCGCCGGGGGCGUGUGGUGCGACGCUUGCAAGGAGGAGGGCGACGCGGUGCUCUCCGCCGCCGGCCGGGGCAGCGGUGUCACCAUGCCGAGCAGCGGUGUCCGCCCGCUCGUGGCGGCGGCGGCAGAGGCGGCGGCGGCAGAGGCGGCGGCGGCAGAGGCGGCGGUGGCAGAGGCGGCGGCGGCAGAGGCGGCGGCGGCGGCAGAGGAAACAGAGGCAGCAGAGGCGGCAGAGGCAGCAGCGGACAACGAAACCGGCGCCCGCCGCGAGGCCGGCGCCGAGGCCGCGCCGAAGCGCUCGAUCGGGGCUGCCGGAGGGGCGGCGGAGGCGCAAGGCAAGGCCGUCCACGGAAGGUUCCGCUAA